AUGUCUGCCCAAACCCUUACGGAUAAAACCUACCAAACAUGGCCCUGGAACCAGCCCGUUAUUCCCGAGGUCAGAGCGACAGCCCAUGGUUUAAUCUUAGGGUGGACGACAUCACAGCCGCACUCGCUGGCUAUCGAUGCUUGGGAUGGCGAGCUGACCUACAGCGAGCUAGACAGGCUCGUCCGGCGCCUGGCCGGAUAUCUGGUGAGUCGCGGAAUUGGCACCGAUGAGAUCGUGCCCUUGUAUUUCGACAAGUCGUGCUGGACCAUCGUCUCCAUGCUCGCCGUUCUUCAAGCGGGCGGAGCAUUCCUCGCCCUAGACCCUGCACAGCCGAAAAGUCGUAUUGCAGACAUGCUUGUCCAAACACGAUCCCGGCUGGCCUUGACGUCUAUUAAGUACGCCGAAACCUGUCGCGAACUCGUUCCGGAGAUAUUCGAGGUAGCCGCGGAGCAGCUUGGCAGCUUAGAAGACCCAGAGGACUUACCGGUUGUUAGCCCCGAUACGGCAGCUUACACCAUAUUCACGUCGGGAAGCACGGGAAAACCCAAGGGGGUGGUGAUAGAACAUGUUCAGCUAUGUACCAGCAGCUUGGCAGGCGGGAAAUCCAUGGGUUUUCACACGAGACAACCCCGCAUGCUUCAAUUUGCAUCAUACGCCUUCGACGCCUGCAUUCUUGAGAUCAUGAACACGCUCGUUUACGGUGGCUGUCUUUGCGUGCCGUCUGCAUGGGCUCGUAUGAACGAAUUGCCCAAAGCGAUGAAUCAGAUGAAGGUGACAAGUGCCUUCUUCACGCCAUCGCUGCUCCGCAAUCUUGAUCCUGCUUCUAUGGAAACGCUGGACACCUUGAUAGUCGGUGGAGAGCGUGUGCCGCGCGAUCUGGUGGACCAAUGGGCGCCGAGACUGAGACUACUCGUUUUGGCCUAUGGGCCGACUGAAUGCACGGUCGCUUGUAUGGCGUUGGCAAUCAGCGAGCCGACGCCGCACUAUCAGAGUGGCGAUCUCGGACAGACAAUCACCGGCCGCGCGUGGAUCGUCGAAGAAGAUGACUGUAAUCGCUUGACACCCAUCGGCGGCGUGGGCGAGCUGCUCAUCGAAGGGCCGGUCCUUGCACGUGGAUAUCUGCACAAUGACGCCCAGACACAACAGGCCUUUAUUCCUUAUCCGCAAUGGAUGCCCGAGUCGAUGCGCUCGUCGACUGGGCGCAUGUAUCGGACCGGCGACCUGGUCAAAUAUACUCCACAAGGGGGCUUCUGCUACGUCGGGCGCCGUGACAAUCAGGUCAAAAUCAGAGGCCAACGACUGGAGAUGGGAGAGGUUGAGUAUCAGCUUCAGAGCUGUCUCACUGGCCUUGCUAUCGGGGUCGCAGAGGCCGUGGCUGAAGUGGUCACGCCGACCGGCAAGACUGAUGUAGGCCCUAUCUUGUUCGCGUUCCUACGCAUGGCCUCAGAGACCGCGAUUGACCAAGUUGGCUACCUCGACUGGGAGAAAGAAGAACGUGGCUCCCCAGUCAUUGUCACGUCGGCUGCCCAGCAACAGAAUUUUUCGACCUUGGUUACGGACAUCAUCUCGGGCAUGACACGAAUCUUGCCGCCCUACGCUGUGCCAUCGAUUUAUGUGCCCUUGAAGCGGUUUCCACUCUCAGUUUCUGGGAAGACAGAUCUUAAACGCCUGCGAAGCAUUGCUGGACAGCUGACUGCGAAUCAAUUAGCGGGAUUUACAAGUAACACCACUGACAUCAUGUCGGACGAGCAGGCACAUCCCACCACCCCCGUGGAAAGACAGCUUCAGGAGCUGUGCAUCGGUGUGCAGGAUAAUUUCCUAUGGCUAGGAGGAGACUCCGUCUCUGCCAUUGGGUUGGUCGCUGCGGCGCGGUCCCGCGGGCUCCUGUUGACAGUAGAAACAAUCCUCUCACACCCAGCGGAGUCUGAGGAUGCCUUAGGGAUGACUUCAACAAUUUCCUCAUUUGCGCUACUGGCUAGUGGUCAAUGCCAGAUCGACCCGAGUCUCAUCGAGGACAUCUACCCAUGCUCGCCCGUUCAGGAGGCACUUAUGGCACUUUCUCUCAAGAGCCCCAGCGCAUACCUUAUGCAGUUCCGGUUCAAGGCCGCUUGGCGGACCGUGGCCGUACAUAACCCCAUCCUGCGCACUCGCUUCGUCAACGAUGAUGCUCACGGAACGCUCCAAGUCGUCGUGAACGAGCAAAUACCCUGGAUUGAAGUGGAUGACCAAGUCCCCUUGGAGUCAUUCCUCGCGGAAGACUUGAAAAACCCACUGCGCCUAGGUCAGCCGAUUGAUUUCCCGGAUCAUUCAGGCUAUCACUUCGUUUGGACACUGGUACUAUCUCGCGUACAACAGGCCUAUGAUGAAAAGCAGCCACAGAAUAUCUUCGAGAAUACCGGGAGCUUUAACCGUUUCAUCCACCAUCUGUCGACAAUAGACACUGACGCAGCAAUAAACUUCUGGUCUGCAAAACUCUCAGGCGCUCCGGUUCACCAUGCAGUGGGAAACGCGCACCUAGACCUUGCAACUGCGGUUCUGCCCCGGAAGCAGGAGUCUGGGAUUACCACCGCAACGAUAAUUAAGGCUGCAUGGGUCUUGCUUGUCGGAAGUUAUUCCAAUUCCACGGACGUUGUCACGGGUCUGACCCUGAGCGGCCGCACGACACAACUUCCUGCAAUUGAGUCCCUCGUUGGGCCGACCAUCGCGACCGUGCCAUUCCGAGUAAAAUUCCAGAAGGACCAGCUCGUCAUUGACCUGCUCCAGAGCAUACAGCAGCAGUACCUAGACCUACUUCCAAACCAGCAUAUUGGACUGCGACAGAUCAGUCGCAUCAGUCCCGAAACCAAGGCUCUCUGCAAUCUCCGCACCCUGCUCGUCAUUCAGUCGACAGGGAAGCAGUCCAAAACGUCUUCUGACUUUCUCUUUGAUACUAAAGUGAUGCCAGUCCGUCUUGACUUUGCUCUGACCAUCGAAUGUACCCUCGAAGCAGCCAAUCGUGUUCAGGUUCGCGCCAUGUAUGACGAUCGUGUGUUGGAGCACGCUCAGGUGCAAAUCCUUCUCAUUCAGUUUGAGCACAUACUCCAGCUUCUCUCACACGAGGAACCAACCACUCGGGUCUGGGAGGUCUGCGGCAUUAGCGAUGCGGUGCCCGAGGCAUCCGACGCCUGUCCAGAGGCCCCCUCAAUCUGCGCCUGGGACGGGGGGAUGAGCUAUGGAGAGCUUGCUGGGCUUACUACUUGUCUGGCAUCUUAUCUCAUACAACAGCAUGCCAAGUCCAAGUGGGCGAUCAUCGCCAUGCUGGCUACCUUAAAAGCAGGCGGUGCGGUGGAUCUAGGCGAGUCUUGUGCUGGAUGUGUUCUUACGUCGACAAAAUCUGCGACUAUUUUCACUGCUAUGGCCCUAUUCCAGGACCUACGAGCUUCGCCUUCACCCAAAAAUCUGACACCCCCGUCGACUGCACCCUCGGACCCCGCCCUCGUCGGUAUUGUAAUUGAGCAUAAAGCCGUCUGCACCAGUCUGCGAGAGCAUGGAGCCGCAAUAAAACUGGGCACUUACUCUCGUGUCCUCCAGUUUGCAGCCUACACAUUUGAUAUUUCGUUUGGUGAUGUCUUCGCCACCUUGGUUCACGGCGGCUGUAUUUGCAUCCCUUCCGCCUCAGACAGAUUGAAUGAUCUCCCUGGCGCAAUCAGAUCGCUAGGAGCUAAUCACGCCAGUCUGACAGCGGCAGUUAUCAACCAGAUUGAACCAGCAGAGGUGCCUGGAUUGAAGGUCCUGGUAUCCGCCGGCGAGGCAAUGUCUAAGGACCUGAUCGAGAAAUGGGCGGAUCAUGUCCAGUUUAUCAAUAUUAUCGGAACCAACGUCCUCCAGAGUACAGACGAUCCUACCUUGAUUGGCCGAGGAGUUGGCAGCGCGGUCUGGAUUGCCGACGUGGGCAAUCAUAAUGUACUGGCCCCAAUUGGUGCGGUCGGAGAGAUUCUAAUCGAGGGCCCGAUCUUGGCGCGAGGCUACUUGAACGACGAUAUCAAGACCAGGGCUUCGUUUAUAACAUCACCACCCUGGCUACCCAAGGACCGGUCGUCGCGGCGUCUAUACAAGACGGGAGAUCUGGCGCGGUACACUAGCGAUGGCCAUAUUAGCUUUGUCGGUCGCGCAGAUGGUCAAGUCAAGCUGCGGGGACAAAGAGUCGAAAUCGGGGAAAUUGAGUACAACCUCCGGCAUGUCCUUGCCGAAGCUGCAAAGAAGCAGAGCGCAUUGGCAGCCUUCUUGGUAGUGCUAAAUGAACAUCCAGAUAAUGAGAGCGAAGGGGAGGAGAAUGAUUGUCAUCAUAUCGUUGACAGCUCAGCAGAUGCAGUCAAACGACUACAUAAACUCACCAGGGGUUUAGAGAACAAGCUAGGAGCCACCUUGCCAGGCUAUAUGGUCCCGACUGUGUUUAUUCCCUUGCGACGAAUCCCUCUCUCUGCGUCGGGCAAGGUUGACCGCAGACUUCUGCGACAGCUUGCUUCUUAUCUAUCAGAGGACGAGCUGGCUUUGUUUCGGGGGAUUAGUCAAAGCGAGCGACCUUUCACAAACAUGACGACCCGUGAGCAACAGCUCCGGGGUCUGUGGCAGAGCCUGCUUGAAACUAAGAGCAUUUCAUCCGAUGACAACUUCUUCCACCUCGGCGGAGACUCAAUAACCGCGAUGAGAUUAGUGGCAGCUGCCCGCAAAGAGGGACUGGCUCUCACCGUGGAGCAAAUCCUGCGAUCUCCGGUGUUAUCUGAAAUGGCAAAGGCGCUGAUUCCCUGCGAACAGAAGGCCAUAACCCCCGUGGAGCCCUUUGCACUCUUACCGGAGAACAAGCAGGCUGAGCUCAUCGAUGUGGCCGCUUCGCAGUGUAGAAUUCCAACCGCUGAAAUUGAAGACUUGUAUCCUACUACACCGGUCCAAGACUAUUUCGCAGCGCCAUGGACACGAUACCAGGCACAGUGCGUCUUCAUAAUCCCAUCAAGCAUCGAUCUUGUACGGUUCAUGGCUGCUUGGGAUGCGGUUGCCACUGCUCGGCCUUUACUUCGAACUCGUCUUAUCCAGAUAGACCCCUCACUGCUUGGUCGCACAACUGGCCAUGUGCAGGCCGUGAUAAAAGAGAACAUCCGCUGGCAACGCGAAACCUGCUUGGAGAACUAUCUAGAGCGCGAUCGACAAGCAGUUAUGGGAUUUGGCGACGCUCUAAACCGAUUUUGCAUCGUGGAGGAGAAUAGCAUGGAUGAAGACAGACGACGGUUCUUCGUGUGGAGCGGCUCACAUGCCUCAUACGACGGUGUCUCUCUGGAUCUGACAUUCAAGGAUGUCGAGAGGGCAUAUCGCACGGGCAGCCCACCUCUCCGUGGCCUGCAGUUCAACCAGUUUCUCAAACACGUGCUCCACUCCGACAUGAGCACCCAAGCCACAGCCUUCUGGCAUUCGCAAUUGUCUGGCUUUCAGCAGCAGAAGCAGCGCCCCGGUAGUGCGAUCCUCUGCACUGUCCCCGAUGGCUAUCAGCCCAACCCGGAGACCAAACUGUGUCGUGACUUCGACGUUCAGCCGAAGAAUGGUGGCCAGUCAGGAAUAACUCUGUCCACAAUGGUAGAAGUUGCCAUGGCCCUCGUCUUUAGCCGACUCCUCGGCACCCCGGACGUAAUCUUCGCGCAGUUCCGGACUGGGCGCAACAUUUCCCUGCCAGGAAUUGAAGACAUGAUGGCACCGGCAAUGACACGCGUGCCUCAUCGCAUCGCAGUCAAUCCUAGCCAGUCUAUCUUGCACCUAUUAUCGACUGCACAGCAGGGGCUCGCGGAGAUGGGGCCAUACGAGCAUCUCGGUUGGCACCGCAUCCGGGAGAUCAGCGAUGAUGCGCGAGCGGCAUGCGAUGAAGCAAUUCAUCUCACCAUCAUGGCUGGGUCAAAUUUUGUCACUGCGCAGCUUGGGGAGGAGCUUGGCUUGAAGCAAAUCUGGUCUGGCAAGACGACUCAUGUGCCGUUCCGAUUUGCUGUCACGACGACACCCGGGGGCCAUGUUAAUGCUGAUACUAAGUUCGAUGCGCACCUCGUACAGGUCGCACGCAUGGACCAGAUUUUGCGGUACUUUGAGCAGGCACUACGCCAGUUGGUUGACGUGGAUGAUGUGGCCCAGACGGUGGCAGAUAUCUGGUUUGAGGAUGACUGGGGACAGGCAUCUGUGCAGAGCAAUGAUGUUAGUGCAGGCUCUGCGCAAGCGCGGGCUAGGGCGAUUCAGAAAGUUGAGUGA